AUGUGUGAUCAUUGCUCAAAAGUUACCGGCCAGAAAGGAUAUCAAGGACAAGUGACUUGCAAAUGCGAGCACGGGGAGAAGAAGAACGGCGAAGGCAAGGAUUUUGGAGGAUGUUGUUCCAAAAAGGCAAGAGAGUCAGCUGGUGGGUGUUGCAUGUCCGGUUGCUGCAAGGAUAAAAACGGAAAGACGAAAGAACCGGAAGCUGUUUCGAAAUGUUGCGCCGACCGGAAAUAAGAUUCACUGAAACGCCAAGAUACACUAUACUUUUGUCAAUGAAAAUUCUG